GCAAUUAGUAACCACUGCCACAGGAUAGCACUGUAUCACUGCCAUCUUAAAGAUAUCCACGUGUCCAAUAAUCAUACACCAUGAAACCCAUCUCCGAUUUUCUCAGGAAACUAACAUCAUCCAGAGAAUGGUCGUUAUGGUGGGAAAGCAGCAACAGCAGCGACGAACUUACGCGAGUGACCCUCGCUUUAGCCUUAAUCUUCCUUGCCAUCUAUUGGUGCGCAUGGGUUUUCAUCAAUAAGCAGGGUGCCGCACCACCGCCUCCGGGGCCACGCGGGCUGCCUCUCCUCGGUCACCUCCCGUUCCUGGACCCGGAGCUCCAUUCGUACUUCGCUGACCUCGCCCGCAUCUAUGGCCCAAUCCUGCAGCUUCGUCUCGGGUCCAAGGUCGGCGUGGUGGUGAGCUCACCGGCGCUAACCCGCGAAGUGCUCAAAGACCAGGACGUCACCUUCGCCAACCGCGACGUGCCAGAGGCGGCCCUCGAGGCGGCGUACGGAGGCUCCGACAUAGUGUGGACCCCGUACGGGCCGGAGUGGAGGAUGCUAAGAAAGGUGUGUGUGCGCGAGAUGCUUAGCAGCACCACUCUCGACUCCGUCUACGCCCUCCGCCAUCGUGAGAUCCGUCAGACGGUCAGUCACUUGUACAGUCAGGCGGGGUCGCCGGUGAACAUCGGGGAGCAAACGUUUUUGACGGUUCUGAACGUGAUAACAAGCAUGUUGUGGGGUGGGACGGUGAAGGGUGAAGAGAGGACAAGCCUCGGAGCGGAGUUCAGGCAAGUAGUGACGGAGAUGACGGAGCUGUUGGGGAAGCCAAACAUAUCUGAUUUUUAUUCGAGUCUGGCCCGAUUUGAUUUGCAGGGCAUAAGGAAACAGAUGAAGGGAUUAGCACUGAGGUUUGAUGGGAUUUUCAAUUCAAUAAUUGAACAAAGGAUGAAGAUGGAUAAAGAAGGUGGAAACGGAGGAGGAAAGGAUUUUCUACAGUAUCUGUUGAAGCUCAAGGAUGAAGGAGAUUCCAAAACGCCUUUCACCAUGACUCACCUAAAGGCCCUUCUCAUGGAUAUGGUGGUGGGUGGAACAGAUACGACCUCCAACACAGUUGAAUUUGCAAUGGCUGAGAUCAUGAACAAACCAGAAGUGAUGAAAAAAGUGGAACAAGAAUUGGAGGCGGUGGUCGGCAAAGAUAACAUAGUAGAAGAGUCUCACAUCCAAAAACUACCGUAUUUAUAUGCAGUGAUGAAAGAGACUCUGCGCCUGCACCCAGCACUCCCACUAUUAGUCCCUCACUGCCCAAGUGAACCCUGCAUUGUCGGAGGUUUUUCCAUUCCAAAGGGGGCUCGUGUGUUUGUUAACGUAUGGGCGAUUCAUAGGGACCCUUCCAUCUGGAAAAACCCAAUGGAGUUUGAUCCAGAGAGGUUUUUGAGGGGGGCAUGGGACUACAGUGGAAAUGACUUCAGUUAUUUUCCGUUUGGUUCAGGGAGAAGAAUAUGUGCAGGUAUAGCAAUGGCAGAGAGAAUGACGAUGUUUUCCCUGGCAACGCUGUUGCAUUCUUUCCAUUGGAAAUUACCGGAGGGCAAAUUAGAUCUUUCGGAGAAGUUUGGAAUUGUUUUGAAGAAGAAGGUGCCUCUGGUGGCAAUUCCCACUCCCAGGUUAUCUGAUGCAGCACUCUAUAAGUAGGCUGGAAAAUGGUUUUGAAUAUGUUUAUGCUUAUUAAUCAUGUCGAUAAACUUGUUAACUCAAGCCAUGAAAAUAGUUGAAGCUUAUCCUUUAUGCUCAUAAGUAAUAAUCAUCAUGUUGAGUUGCUUCUUA